CACCCACGCCCCCGCGUCCCCGGAUGUGCGCGGCAGAAGGAACCCGAACAUGGCGGGUCAGGUCAUCAAGUGCAAGGCGGCUGUGGCCUGGGAGGCCGGGAAGCCUCUCUCCAUAGAGGAGGUGGAGGUGGCGCCGCCGAAGGCUCACGAGGUCCGCAUUAAGAUCGUCGCCACGGCCGUGUGCCACACCGACGCCUACACCCUGAGCGGGGCUGACCCGGAGGGGAGCUUCCCGGUGAUCCUGGGCCACGAAGGGGCGGGCAUUGUGGAGAGUGUCGGCGAAGGGGUGACCAGGCUGAAGGCAGGCGAUGCCGUCAUCCCCCUCUACAUCCCCCAGUGUGGGGAGUGCAAGUUCUGCCUGAACCCCAAGACCAACCUUUGCCAGAAGAUCCGCGUCACGCAAGGGAAGGGACUGAUGCCGGACGGGACCAGCAGGUUCAGCUGCAGGGGGCAGCCGCUGCUGCACUACAUGGGCACCAGCACCUUCUCCGAGUACACCGUGGUGGCCGACAUCUCUGUGGCGAAGAUCGACCCCUUGGCCCCGCUGGAUAAAGUCUGCCUCCUGGGCUGCGGCGUGUCCACGGGCUACGGGGCCGCGGUGAACACGGCCAAGGUGGAGCCCGGGUCCACCUGCGCCGUCUUCGGCCUGGGCAGCGUGGGGCUGGCCGUCAUCAUGGGCUGCAAGGCGGCCGGCGCGGCCAGGAUCAUCGGCGUGGACAUCAACAAGGACAAGUUCGCCAAGGCCAUGGAGUUCGGGGCGUCCGAGUGCCUCAGCCCCCAGGACUUCCACAGGCCCGUGCAGGAGGUGCUGGCGGAGAGGACGGACGGGGGCGUGGACUUCUCCUUCGAGUGCAUCGGCAACGUGGGCGUCAUGAGAGCCGCACUGGAGGCCUGCCACAAAGGCUGGGGCGUCAGCGUGGUGGUGGGCGUCGCGGCCUCCGGCGAGGAGAUCUCCACGCGUCCCUUCCAGCUGGUGACGGGCCGCACGUGGAAGGGCACGGCCUUCGGAGGCUGGAAGAGCGUGGAGAGUGUCCCCAAGUUGGUGUCUGAAUACAUGUGCAAGAAGAUCAAAGUGGACGAGUUUGUGACUCACACUCUGUCCUUCGACCAGAUCAACAAAGCCUUCGAGCUGAUGCAUGCUGGGAAGAGCAUCCGGACUGUGGUGAAGCUGUAGAUCCAGGCAUCUGUCUUGGGGCAUCUGGGCAGCCGUCACGGGACGUCUGGGCUCCAGGCGGCCGGCGCGGGGAGCCCACCGUGCCCUGGCUAUCCUGCUGCCCCUGCUCUGGAGGGUCCUGUCCAUCAGAAUCAUGACUCAUGGAGGCAGGUGCAGCCUGGCCCUGACCUCUGAUCGCUGAAUUCUGGGUAGUGGUCACACAUUGAGAUUUCACAAAAUAAAGUGACUUCUGCACA